AUGAACGACAACACCACUGAGCUGCAGCGUGGGUAUUGCAACGUCUGCCUCAGCCUUGAUUCGGUCGCGUUGAGGUUGGAUCGAUAUCGCCAUGGCAGGGAAUUCACCUUAGCUGAGUGGGACCUGUCAUCAUCGAGCGGCUGCGUCAGCUGCAAAGUGGUGGUUGAGGCUAUCAAGUACUAUUUCCCGAAGAUGGAGGGACUAGAACUCAUCACGUUGGUCAAUUCAGAGAAAUUUAAAUCACUCAUGAUCGCUUUCAGACUCCAGCCAUCUGAACUAAAUAUACCUUCUGAUCGCUGGAUACAGCUCUCGCUCUGUCCAGGUCAAACAAGUCCCUGGUCAGACCUGGAGAUAGCGCAGCCUAUCUCUGGUGGCACUGGAUCACAACAAGCUGUGUUCCGCGUCCGCAAAUGGCUCGAUCAGUGUAUUAGGCAGCACGGCAUGUGCAAAAAUACCACGUCUAGUGUGUUGCCGACCAGAGUGAUCAAAAUCAGUGGACCAGAGCAUAUCAGGCUGCAUAUACCGAACGCCCAGGAAGCGCAAUACGUAUGUUUGAGUCACUGCUGGGGCGGUGGUCCGGUCAUGAAGACCACGAAGCAGAACUUGUCCGAGUUCCAAUCAAGGAUUCCGUGGCAUGAGCUGUCACGAACGUUCCGAGAAGCUAUCGAUUUCGCCUAUCGGCUGGGUUUUUUCUACAUUUGGAUAGACAGCCUCUGUAUCAUCCAAGAUUCGGCCGAGGACUGGCGCCACGAAGGAGGUAAAAUGGACAGUAUUUACGCCAAUACCAGCCUUACUCUAGCAGCAGCUAAAUCGGCAGACUCUACCCAAGGUUGUUUUGGGACCUCACGCUCCAUACACGAGUCUCGAACAUGGCGUGUAUCCAUGCUAGAUUCCCCAUCAUUUGAGGUGCAUAGCCGGAUCCGUUUGGAGCACACCGACUUCUACUGGGGGACCAUGCCUCUUAUGCAACGAGGGUGGACCUACCAGGAAAGGUUACUAUCGCCACGAACUUUGCAUUUUACCAAUGAUGAACUCAUACUAGAGUGCCUAAGUGGCAUUACUUGCGAAUGCUCUGACGAUGUCGAAAUCCCAUGUGCUCUUGACAGACCGCAGAAUUGGUGGCCAAAGUACUGGGCACAAUCGCCUAUAAAAGAAGCUGACAUUCGAUGGAGAUACAUCAUCGAGUCAUACACUAGGUUGACUCUGUCUUUUGAGAGCGACAUCUUUCCAGCGUUGCAAGGCCUGGCGAAAAUGAUGCCAUGCGACAUGGGACUUUACUUGGCAGGCCUAUGGAGCCACACCCUACCGCACAACCUUACCUGGCAUGUGAGGCCUGAGAAAACCCGUGCUCGAAGAUUCAGACCCAUUGAGUGGCGUGCACCGACCUGGUCGUGGGCGUCCACUACGGGGAGCAUCGGCUGGAUGCGGUACAUGUGGUUUCAUCAAAUGCGGGAAUACGACACACCUGAGCUGUUUAUAACAGUAGUAAACGCGAUGUGCUCCCCGAUUGCUGAAGAUGCCACCGGGCAGAUAAAUUCGGGGGAGUUGAUUCUUAGAGGACAUUGCCUAUCAGGCAUGAUACAUUAUCCAGCUUCAGGUCAGCACUGCACGGUGGAUCCUUACUUGGAGAUAAGUUGCCCGGGCAAACUACUCAGUGUCUCUUCCCAGGAGAAUAUAACAAUUGUCUGGAGCGAUACAACUCGUCCAGGGGAUCUACUGUCCUCGGCAACUGGCCAUUUAUUGACAGACUUUUUCUCGACUGCGAACUCUUCGCCCCUUGCACGCCCUCUGUCAAAAUUCGACUUUAUGUCGAAUAGGCGUAACCCAGUACUCUCCAAAGGAAAGGGCAAAAGAAUGCUGGAAUGGGACUAUUCCAUCGAGAUGGAGGGUCCGCAUCAGGUACGUUCCGGCAGCGAGAUUUUGAUCCUAAAAGUUGAAGGAUUCAUUACGCACGGCGAAUGCGAGCUGGCCUGGAUUGUUUUAAGGAGUGUGGAUGAGGAAGCGGGUACUUUUGAGAGACUUGGUCUCCUCUACACCCGUGAUUCGUUGCAAGACGCAGAGUUGUGGAAAGCGUCAAACAUAAGUCCUGAAGUGGAGAUCAAAAUCAUCUAG